AUUAAGCUUGAGUUGAACGCUUCAGGUCAACGUUUGCUUGGACCCAUUAAUGGUCGCACAUGUCUACCGAAAGGUAGUCCGAGAGAUAGCCAAAGCGACUGUCAAACCUCGGUUAGCUCGGAACAAAGACAUUGCUUCAAACUUCCGAGCCUUGUUCGCACAGAGCGGACGACCCGAGGAUGCGCAACUUUUUCAACACGAUAUGCAGAAUGCCUUGACUUUCAUGCAAUCCCAGCGAGAAUAUAAGGCUUUAUUGGAGAGAUAUAACCCAUUAAUCGACCUAACGGCGGAGGAACGGAUAGAAGCUACUGCACGACGAGUCGGGCUGAACAUGCCCAAGACCCAUACGCCUGAUUCCCAGGACACAUAGUAACACUUGAGUUACCUGGUAGAUACAUUCAAAUGUAACAGGUCAAUUUCUGUUUACUACGAGCAGUGGCUCGUCAAAGGGGAUGUCAGGCGUAGUAUAUCAUGAUGCCCGAGGAUACCAAGUCAUUUUAGAUAUCUAUGGCGCCCAGUACGAGGCCAGUUAAAAGUUAUAAUACAUAGUAUGAUUUUCCU